AUGCUUCCUCCCAUCGCAAACCGUUCGCCCCGCACACUCUCUCCUCCUCACUCCCGCUCGCCCCUCCUGCUCUUCCUCGCCACACCACUUGAUCCCUCUUUCACCAACUCCCCGGCCCCCUCCCCCCCCACCGCCACCUCUCAUCUCGUCCUCGCAGCUGCUGUUAGUGGCAGGGGCGCCAUACGAUACGUGGAGGAGGCGAUUGGGCUCCGAGGCACAACCCCCACCUUUAUUGGCAGGGGCGCCAUACGAUACGUGGAGGAGGCGAUUGGGCUCCGAGGCACAACCCCCACCUCUAUUGGCAGGGGCGCCAUACGAUACGUGGAGGAGGCGAUUGGGCUCAGAGGCGCACUCCCACUCCCUCAUUCUUUGACGCCACAGGGAGAGGGCGGGCUCGACUGGGAUGCUCUCAGCAUGCCAGGUGCGGUGGAGCAGCGGACGCGCUGUGUGUUGGUGCAGCGCUCGUGUGGGUACUCGCUAAGAGAAACACUUACUGUGGAGCAGAUCGGUCGCAUUGUGGAAAUAGUGAAGCGGGAGUCUCAUCAAGAACCCUGGAGGAACGAUUGCCCCCAGUGGGGGUACGUGGCAGGGAGGGCGGACCUGGUGGAGGCUGCAGCUGCUAGGCUGGCUGCUCCUGGCAUCAGCUCGGGCGCCGGAGCAACAAGUGGUGAGGUGAUGCGGCUGAUGUUCCAAGGGCUGUUCCUGGGGCCGCAGAUGACAGGCGAGGCCAUCAAGCCCGUCAUUCUCUCCUCGCCCGCGCGCCUCCUCACUUUCUGCCUGGCCUUGCAGGGUGCUGUCAUCCUCUCCUCGCCAGCUUGCCUCCUCGCUUUCUGCCAAGCUGUGCAGCGGCGGUGCCCUGUUGGGGCUUACAUCAAGCCAACAGCCGGGGUGACAGCAGGGUAUGAGUCGGAGGUGAGUGCACAACCCGGGGUGACAGCAGGGUAUGAGUCGGAGGUGAGUGCACAACCCGGGGUGACAGCAGGGUAUGAGUCGGAGGUGAGUGCACAACCCGGGGUGACUGCAGGGUAUGAGUUGGAGGUGAGUGCAACGAAUGCUGCCAUGCUCUUUGUUGCACUUCACACCAAGUCAUGCUAA